CGUAUGUCAUCGUCGCGUAUCCUGGACCAUUCCCUCUCAUUUUCCUCUUUCAUAUUUAGAGCGGUCAAACGAAAUUUAGCUGCAAACAUCCGCUCAGGGCCAGAAAAAUAAGCAUGGCACCAUCCUUCACGUUUGUCAAUGUUAGCAAUGCCCCCGGUCUAGGGCCUAACGAGGCCAAGCAGAUGAGAGGCCAUAUUACGAAGACGAAUUUUGCCAAGAGAAGACAAAGAUUAGGCAAGCCGAAGAACAAAGGAAACACCGCCUCACCUUCAAGUCCAUCCUCUGCCUUGACCGCAUUGGGCGAGCGGCAGUUGCGGCAUGCACUCGAGCCGGUGGCUGACAGUUUGCUCGUCCGCAUGAUCGAGCCGACAUACUCCCCCGUCGAAUACUUAAUUUGCGAGUACCGCGCGUUAAUCUUCCCAGCCGGCCUCGGCUCUCCCGGAUCAAACCGAGAAGCAGACUGGAUCGCCCUACUGCACUCUGAGCCAGCCCUGGUCGAAGCAUCCAUGGCCAUAGCGAUAAGACAUUCACCCCGGCUCCAGAGGACUCAAGGUAUUCGUGAGGCGUCUGUGCGCAAAGGAAGAGCUAUCAAGAUGAUCAACGAACGGCUGAACACGCCCUUAGGAUUGACCGACGGCGUGCUCAGCGCCGUCUUCACCUUGACCUUUGCAGAGCUUCUUGAGAGUGAUGUCAAAGCGAGAGACGUCCACAUCCAAGGUCUGGCCCAAAUGAUCAAAGUUAGACGUUCAUUAGGGAAUACGGCAAUCCCAUCAUGGUUCGGUGAUUUUAUCCUAUAUGAUUCAAUUGGUCAUACGAUCCUUUCUGCCAGCUAUUCCAAUUUACCCCUCAUCAACGCAUUGAGAAAUGAAGACGACCCUAAGCAAAUGGACGUCGCAGCAAUUCGAUCCGAUGCCAACGACUUGCGCCAAUUAAUAGAUAAUUACCACGCUUCCACAACACUAAAGCGAGAUACAGCAGCUAUCAUUAGGUACGAGGUUCAUCGCCUACAACUGAAAGUGGAUACACUGCUGGGAAGCCAAGAACAUUACAUCCGCUCUCUGCAUGAUUCUUUACAGCUUUUUCUGUCACUAUUAUGGCCUAUAGAGGAACGACGGUCGUUGGAUAUUAAGGCCGAGAACUUGAAGUAUGCGCUGCUGCAGCCCCAUAUCAGGCUAUGCUCCUCGAUGCAGCUACUAGUCUGGCAGCUAUUCGUUGGUGCAGCUGCUGCGGAACCCGCGAGUGAGGUUCGUUCAUGGUAUGUUAUCAGAUUACGAGAGGUUGUAAGCUCUAUGAGAAUAGGGGGACAGGACGUUGCAAUGGAGACUCUGACAGCCGUUUUCGCACCUGAUGCUCGCCUGCUGGAGAAGUUCAAGACGGUUUGGGAUGAGGUCUCCUUUGGGCAACAAGCAGUUUAAAUAGCGAUAAGCCCCCUCUAAAUAUUACAUUUUCCUUCAAUAAGCUCGGUAACUACUGAAGACAGCAGGAAAA